AUGGCUGAAGUGUCUGAGAGUCUGCAACAGACAGCCGGCAACAACUGGUCCAACAAUGUGGACGACUACGAGGUCGGCCAAGUCAUCGGUCAGACCCAUCACCACCACUUCCACACCAAUCCAACUCUCAUUCAAUCACCACUCCAUCACUCCAUACACUCACACACUCUCACCAAUCCCUUCACCAAUGAUCUCAUGAUGGUGCCUUCGGCCAUGUCUUGUGUCUCAACGAUGUCUGCGUGUGUUUCAGGUGUUGGAGCGACGGCUGCCGUCCACACGGCUUACUGUAAGCCCCGGAAGGAGAGGUGUGCCAUCAAGAAGAUCAAUCUGGAGAAGUGGAACACCUCUAUGGAUGAGUUGCUGAAGGAGAUCCAGGCUAUGAGUGCCUGCAAUCACGACAAUGUGGUCACGUAUUACACGUCUUUCGUCGUCAAGGAGGAGCUAUGGCUCGUCAUCCGACUCCUCGGCGGAGGCUCUCUGUUAGACAUAAUCAAACACCGGAUGAAGUGCGAGGACUGUCGUCAUGGGGUCUUCGAUGAGGCGACGAUCGCCACAGUGUUGAAGGAAGUGCUCAAAGGACUCGAGUAUUUUCACGCCAACGGACAGAUCCAUCGCGACAUCAAAGCCGGCAAUAUUCUGCUCGGAGACGACGGAUCCGUUCAAAUCGCCGACUUUGGGGUCAGCUCGUGGUUGGCCACCGGUGGCGAUCUGUCGCGUCAGAAGUCGAGGCACACAUUUGUCGGAACUCCCUGUUGGAUGGCUCCUGAGGUCAUGGAACAGGUGACGGGUUAUGACUUCAAGGCUGACAUUUGGAGUUUCGGCAUAACAGCCAUUGAAUUGGUGACCGGAACCGCUCCCUAUCAUAAAUACCCACCGAUGAAGGUGCUGAUGUUGACCCUUCAGAACGAUCCGCCAUCACUGGAGUCUGUGUCUGAUGAGAGGGAUCAGUACAAAAACUAUGGCAAAUCCAUACGAAAACUUAUUAGUGAUUGUCUUCAAAAAGACCCGUCGAAGAGGCCUUCGUCUACAGAACUAUUAAAACAUCAAUUUUUUAGAAAAGCAAAGGACAAACAUUAUCUGCAAAAGACUUUAUUAUCAAACGCUCCGAGUAUUGAAGAGCGCGCCAAAAAGGCAAAGACCAGUCGCAGAGGACAGGGAGCCAGUGGUCGACUACAUCGUACAGAAGCUGGUGAUUGGGUUUGGUCUUCAGAUGAAGACGACAGCUUCGAAAAGGAUACGCCAGUCACUGACAGUCAGGUCUCGUGUAAUAACAGUUUAACGAAACAAAAUCAUAUAUCGGAUGAUAAAACCGAUGAAAUGGUGACAAACAGUGAGCGCACCGAACACUCUCCUCUCAAUUGUGAACCUCUUGUCUCGAAUCCAAUCAAUUUAGUCCUCAGAAUAAGAAAUGCAAAGAAAGAACUCAAUGAUAUUAGGUUUGAGUUCACUGUAGAUAAAGGUUACACGGCUGAAGGGAUAGCUCAAGAGUUGAUAACGGCUGGUCUGGUGGACAGCAAGGAUUUCAUUGUAGUCGCCGCUAACCUGGAGAAACUCAUUUUAGAUCCCACCCUCAAUAAAUCACUUGUUUUCGCAUUGAAUCCGUCAGAAUAUUCUGAAUUGUGUGACGAGAAAACGUUGACCGGUUUCGCACAGCUAUCAGUCGCCGAUUAAUUAUAAUUAAAAAUUAAACCGAAUUUAUUAUCAAAUUUUAUUAAUAAAAUAUUUUGUGUCCACAAAAAUAUUAUAUUUUGGGAGCGCU